CGGCUAUCAUUACUGUCCGUGAUAGAAUUGCUCGUAGCGGUAGCUCAUACCAGUUUUGCGCGAGAUAAAAAUUCGUAUCCAGUGUAUUGUCGGAUCGUGGACAGCAGUAGCGAUUAGUCAGCGGCGGCUUCUGACUAGCGCGGUGCAUAGUUGCAUCUCCGAAGUUGACGGGCUGACGUCGGUACACGAAGGUGCAAAUGACUACAUGUCAAAGCCAGUGAGCGGCAUACUUUGAGUGUACCAAUUCUACCGGUGGAGCUGGAUAUCCUCCGAUCGCGAUAAAAAAUGUUGGCGCUCAUCAAUCGGAUUCUGGACUGGUUUAAAUCCCUCUUUUGGAAAGAGGAGAUGGAACUCACCCUUGUCGGCUUGCAGUACAGUGGCAAGACCACCUUCGUAAAUGUUAUUGCGUCGGGACAAUUCAGCGAAGACAUGAUCCCCACUGUCGGCUUCAAUAUGCGUAAAAUAACGAAAGGAAACGUCACUAUAAAAGUGUGGGAUAUCGGAGGACAACCGAGGUUUAGAUCUAUGUGGGAAAGAUAUUGCAGAGGCGUGAAUGCAAUAGUGUACAUGGUCGAUGCAGCAGACUCGGAAAAGAUAGAAGCGAGCCGCAACGAGUUGCACAACUUGCUAGACAAACCUCAAUUAUCUGGUAUACCGGUACUGGUUCUUGGUAACAAAAGGGACUUACCUCAUGCUUUGGACGAGAACGGACUCAUAGAAAGAAUGAACUUGUCGGCAAUUCAGGAUCGUGAAAUUUGUUGCUACAGUAUUUCCUGUAAAGAGAAAGACAAUAUCGAUAUAACGUUGCAGUGGCUUAUAGCACAUUCUAGAAGUGGUGUUCGUUAAUACGUGUAUUUAAUUUUAUGUUCUUAUACAUUCUUAUCAAGAGAGCCCAAGAUAUUGAUAGAACGGGGAUCAAACAUGCGUCGGAGUGUUCAACAAAUGAUUUUAUUCCGGAUUGAUUAAUCGAUUGUCGUAGAUGAUUUUCUUUUUUUUUUCUAAAUUUAAGUCCUAGCUGUUGUAUAUUCAAUCGUAUCAUGGAAAGUUUAAUGAAUGAUAAAAAAGAAAAAAUAUGCUUAAACCAAAUACGCUCAUGGGAAUGAUAACAAAGACACAUACAUCCUGCAAAGCACCUUAGACCUAAGCAACAAUUUUUUAUAUUGCGUUUUUAGAUAACCAGUUUAAGUGCUGUUAUAUUCUAACUUAAAACCAUCAGGAGACGGAAAAACAAAUAGCAUUUAACGAUUAAUGUAGAGACGAUGGUAGAUAGUACGAAUACAGGCGCAAAAUAAUAUCAAUUACCAUAUAGUACACAUUUUCGGAACUAUUUAAUGAAGAUUAAUUAAAUCACGGCAUAGAGGAUAUGAACAAUUGAUUGCUAUAUGUACACAAAUAUUGUGCUGAGUAAACUUGUAUAAUUAAUGAUGAA